UGAGAAACGUCCACGCGCAUGGAUGGAGAGUGGGUAUAUGUAGAUGCAACGCAUGAAGAGGAAGGGCAAAAUCAAGAACAAGAAGAAGGAGAAGGUUGGCCAAAGUGAAUGAAAGGUGUCAUGUGACUUUAGAGACCCAUAAAAUUACAAAAACUAGAGAACAAAAGUCUUUAUGCCCUUUCUCUCUCGUCACUCUAAUAAUCACAACACAGAGAGAGAGAGAGAGAGAGAGAGAGAGAGGAACCCACCUCAAUUUUUCGCUUUCUAGGAAAGCAUAUAGAGAAAGUGUGUGCCUGUGUUGCCGCUGGAGAGAGAGAGAGCGAUUAAGAAAGCUCUGAGAGAAAAGAAGAGAGAGAAGAAGAAGAAGAAAAGGAAAGAAGAAGAAGCGAUGAUGAUGAUUAUGAGGCAACAAAUAACAACACGAAGGAGAACACACAACAAAGGAAGAAAGAUACAAAAAUACAUAUAGAUAGAUAGAGAGAGCGUGUGUUUGUGUGUGCUAGCUACUAAAGGGUCGUUAUUGCAUUUCUUGCCUUCUUUUUAUUAUUUCUUACAUUUUUUUGGCUUUGUUUCUUCUUAUCAGUCUCUCUUAUGCUUCUGCUUCUCCUGCUCUCAUCACUGCUGUGUCUGCCACAACCCUAUAUCUCUCCUUAUCCUCACCGAGAAAAACUCAGUCAUCUCUACCUCUCAUACCCAAAGGCCAAAACUUUUCUUUUCAUUUUAUUCCAUCUCAGAAAAGCCAAACCUGACAGUUGGGUGUGUGAGUGUGUGUGUGUGUGUGUGUGUGUGUCUAUGUUGUUGUAUAUUUUUGCAAACAGAAACCCACCUCCCCAAAACCAGCUUCCAGAAUAACCUACCAGCAAUGGCAGCCAUCCCAGAGUCCUACUUAGAGAAAUAAAAAUAGUAAUAGAAGGAAACGAAGCCCACUAUCCCCAACAAACAAGAUCUCUUUCUCUAUAUCUCUUCUCUGAUACAAUUUCAGAGUUUCUUCUUCUUCCUUUUUUUUCUUUUCACCCCACCUCUUCUCUUUACAUAACACCUACAUACAUAUAGAUCCAUCCAUAGAUGUACCAUCUCUCAUAUCGAUGAUUGUCAUAAAAACGCUGCUUAGUAUUGGAUUUGCAGACAUUAUAUAACCGAUAUUUGUGUUUGUGUGUGUGUAUAAAGAUUGUAUCUUUCUUCAAUUCUAUCAAGAAAAAUUCUUUAGUUGUGGCUACUACAAGGAGUAGGCAGCUCCUAUCCGACUCUGGAGCCUUUGCAGACUGGGCUACGUCCUCUUCUUCUUCAGCCAUACGUGCCGCGGGCCCGGACGACCUUUCCCUUGGGUUUAAUGCCGGCCCUACAGCCGCCGCUGCCGCCGCUGCAGCAGCAGCUGGGGGCGGACCCACCGGCCCAUCGUGGUCUAGCUCAGCCAGACAAAUCAACUAUGGGAUCCCUCCUGAAAUGGGCAUGUUUGUUGUUGCUCCUGCUGCUUCGUUUAAUCAUCAUCAUCACCACCACCAGCAUCAGCACCAGCAUGAGCCGUCUAUUAAUCUUGCUGAUCCAAUGAAUGGUCCGAAUGCUGCUGCCACUGCGCUUGGUGUCGGUAUGGGUGUAGGCGUUAUCCCACUUCUCACGGCCGCUCCGUGUCUCGCGCCGCAAAACAUGGAUGAUCAAGAUUUGUUCAAUAAUGGGCGCAACAAGAUCAGUGGAAUCCAGUUCUGGCAAAACCAGACCUCUCAUCACCACAGUCAAUACAAUAUAAAGAAAACUGCUGCUUCGAUUCUUGAUCACAAUAAUUCUUCGGUGAAUCUGCUUCAAAGCGUUAACAAUACCAGCGCCGGUGGCGGUCUUGGCGGUAAUUCUGCCUCAUCUGGGGCAACAACGUGUCAAGAUUGUGGAAACCAGGCCAAGAAAGAUUGCAGCCAUAGGAGGUGCAGGACGUGCUGCAAGAGUCGUGGUUAUGAUUGCACUACUCACGUCAAAAGCACGUGGGUACCGGCGGCCAGGAGGAGAGAGCGUCAGCUAAUGGCAGCUGCAGCCGGAGGAGGUGCUGGUUCUUCUGGGUCUACUUCCGGGGUCAAGAAACCUCGACUCAUAAAUUCACAAACCACCACAACUUCUCAUACUUCCACUUCUAACACUACUCCGCCAAGAAGCUUCGAUACGAGCUCCAGUCACCAAGAUGCGAGUUUUAAAGAGGCAUUGCCGGGGCAAGUACGUGCACCGGCUGUUUUCAAGUGUGUUAGAGUGACGGCAGUGGAGGAUGGUGAAGAUGAGUAUGCGUAUCAGGCUGUGGUAAAGAUCGGUGGCCAUGUGUUUAAAGGGUUUCUUUAUGAUCAAGGAGUUGAAGGAAGAGAUGGGUUCCCUAAUAUAUCCGAAUUGCAUUUGGGCGGUGCGAGCAGUAGUGGUGGUGGUGAUGGGGGAGGAAGGAAUGGAGCUUCCUCAUCUUCCCCCAUUAUUGAUCCUUCAGAUGUUUAUGGUGCAUCCGGUGGAGGGUUGUUGGGAGGUUCAAGUUAUGGUAAUCCAAUAAAUUGAGGUUUACUUUCAAGGUUUAUGUAUUGGCAUUAUUUUAGUCAAAUUUUCCUUAUGUGCACUAGUCACUAAUUACUAUCAAUAGGGUUUUGGUAAGUUGCUCUUCUAGAAUUGUGUCUUGUUGACAUGUUUUUGAUAUUUUCAGCUUCUUGGUUUGGGUUUUCUUGUUCCUCGUGUCCAUUUCCCUUCUGUAAUUGCACUGAGAGGAGGAUCACCAUAUUCCAAAGGAGCUGCAUUUUCUCACUAUUAGAGUAAUUUCUGUAUCAAAUUUUAGAAAAGAUAGAUAAUAAAAGGCGAAAAAUCCUGUUCUUCUAGAUA